UAUAUCUUCUGCCACGUUAUUUACUGGGUGAGCUACAUUUCUCCAGCAGCAGCUGGCUCUGUCCCUGGGUUAGUUACAUUUGUCCCAUUGUCACAGGCUCAGCCCCUUCCAUGAGCUCUGGAUCCAGCUCCCUGUGGAAAACGAAUGGUGUGUGGAGGAGGAAGAAGGCUGUAUACCCUCUGACCUCAGUCUUAGGUGUCAGUGUUACUGAAUCUCACUGACCAUGAACAUGGAAAAGAAAAACAUGUCUCAGAGGGUCUUAAAUCACGUAUUGGAGAUUCUCUACCUACUGACUGGAGAGCAUUUGACAAAUUCAUUUAUGGUAAGAGUUAUGAACGAAGAUAAGAAGAUAUUUACAGAUUUGAUCUUGAAUCACGCCCUGGAAAUUAUCUACUUGCUGACUGAAGAGGAAUACACCAUUGUGAAAAAAAAUGCACCGCAAAGCAGCAUUCACCAGUUGAAUAGAGAGGGUGACAACGCCUCAGUCUCUCUGUCUAUGGAGGUUUGGGAAUAUCCAGAAGGGCACAAGACACUGAUGGUUGAAAAUCACAAGGCUAUCAAGACUGCAUUAAGCAAUAACUCAGAACUCAGCAAUGAAAAUGUAGACAACGAAGAGGAGGAAAUAGAUAAAAAGGAUACUGUGCACACUUCCCCGUCUGAAGAAAGUCAUGAUAAAAAGGUAAACGCUGUAUUAAUUGGAGAGAGAACGGAGUACGAGACUGAACAUAAGGUUAUUAAGCAGGAGGAUAAUCAUUCAGAUUCAGGUACAUUAGAUGAAUCCCACAAUACAAGCUAUAUAUCAAAGAAGGAUGAUAACUGUGUCUCUCGAUUGGCUCAAGCUGAAAACGCUAAAAUUUAUACACCUAGAAAACCAAUGUUAUAUGAAAAAGGAUACCUUCCUUGUACCUCAGCAAAUUCGAAAACAGAAUCGUAUGCUUUAUCGGAGACGUUGGUUAAAGAUUUUAUUAAUGCGACAUCCAACAUUUGGAUAGGCAAAAAGAAAGAUGCUACAAUCUCCACAAAAUCAAUAGACUGCGGGGAACACAACACAUUACAAUCGGGAGAGAAUAUAAACAAAGAACCUAAUCUUAAUUUUGAAUCUAACGUCAUGGUUGAGUACCAGGAAUCCCGGGCAGAAAAGAAGCAAUAUGAUUGCCCUGACUGUGGGAAAAUUUUUAGUAUAAAAUCCUAUUUAUAUAAACACCGCAAAACUCAUAGUGGAGAACGCCCAUAUGUUUGCUCCGAUUGUCAGAUGGCUUUCACAAAAAGGUCACAUCUUGUAAGACACCAAAAAACCCAUACUGGCGAGAAGCCGCAUGUUUGCCAAACAUGUGGGAAAGGCUUCUCUGAAAAGGCCAAUCUGGUUAAACAUAAUAUAAUUCAUACAGGUGAAAAACCAUAUGUGUGCCAGACGUGUGGGAGAGGUUUCUCUGAAAGGUCAACCUUGGUUAGACAUUAUAGAAUGCAUACGGGAGAAAAACCGUAUGUUUGCCAAGAAUGCGGCAGUGCCUUCUCCAAUAGGUCUAGUCUGGUCAAACACCACAUAAUCCACACUAACGAAAAGCCAUAUGUUUGUGAGAAAUGUGGGAAAUGUUUCACUCAAAAUGCAAGUCUCGUCAAGCACAGCAAGACUCAUACUGGAGAGAAACCAUAUACUUGCAACGAAUGUGGGAAAAGUUUCUUUGAAAAAUCAAAUUUGGUCACACACUACCGAAUUCACACAGGAGAAAAGCCGUAUGUUUGCCAGGAAUGCGGCAAAGGCUUUGCUAACAAGUCAAAUCUCAUUACGCACCAUAGAGCUCAUACGGGAGAAAAGGCCUAGCCCUUUCAUUUAAAGGGCCAUUUAAGUACAUUUUUCAUUGUUUCAUCUAGAAUUAAAACUUUUUAAAACAUUUUUUUUCAACUUUUUUAAGCAUCAUUCUCCAUUGUUACCUUUUUAUACUGUUGGAUUUUUUUUUUUUUAAUGAACAUUCCUCUUCCAAGGGGGAAAACCCCCCACUGUUUUUAUUCUUGGUAUGUAUGUCACUUUCCAUCGAUGAGCUUCUAUUACACAAAUCCAUUGUGCACAAAAAUGCACUAAAUAUCAAUAUUAAAAUCUAAAUAUAUUUAACCUAACUUUUUUAUGAAAAAAGAAAGAAGUUUAAAGAAAUACUUAAUUAUUGUGCAUUUAUAAACAUUUUUUUAAAGGGACCAUAAACUCAUAGCAUCGAUUAAGUACUGUAAUUUGUUACCAUAACUUACAAGUGUUUUUGCAAAUCAAGAACAGCUCAGGUAUAUUCCUCUUGAAGAGCUGGGUAAAAUGCACGAUCCUUGACAGGUUUAAAUGAGGUUUUGCAGUGAGCUAAUCAAUUGUGUAUUGCAGGCUAACAUCAGCCACGCUGGAGAGAGUGGAACUAUAACAAUAUUUAUUUAGAACAAAAUCGGACAAAAUAAAUAAUAAAUGUAUAUUACAAUGUUGUAAACAUAUUAUGGUAAUAUUACAUUUUGAAUUUAAAGGGACAGUCAAGUCCAAAAAAACUUUCAUGAUUCAAAUAGGGCAUGUCAUUUUAACCAACUUUCCAAUUUACUUUUAUCACCAAUUUUGCUUUGUUCUCUUGGUAUUCUUAGUUGAAAGCUAAACCUAGGAGGUUUAUAUGCUAGUUUCUUAGACCUUGAAGGCCGCCUCUUAUCUGAAAGCAUUUUGACAGUUUUUCACCACUAGAGGGAGUUAGUUCAUGUAUUUCAUAUAGAUAACAAUGAGCUCAUGCACGUGAAGUUACUUAGUAGUGAGCACUUAUUGGUUAACAUGCAAGUCUGUCAAAAGAACUAAAAUAAGGGAGCAGUCUGCAGAGGCUUAGAUACAAUCACAGAGGUUGGUUAUGCAAAACUGGGGAAUGGGUAAUAAAGGGAUUAUCUAUCUUUUUAAACAACAAAAAUUCUGGUGUCGACUGCCCCUUUAAUGUUCCUUUAAAGGGACAUUAAAUUCAAAGCGUGUCUGUCGGGCAGGCGCAAACAAAUUGUAAAACACCAUCGAGAGCUAUAUAGGCAUACAGUUACUACAAUAUACAAUUAUUCCCAGGUUUAAGGGACACUAAAUCAAAACUAAACAAACAAUUCAGAUAUAGCAUGCUAUUUUAAAAAGUAAAGUCAUAAUUAGACAUUCAUGAUUUAGACAGAGCAUACAAUUUUAAACAACUUUCCAAUUUACUUAUAUUAUCUAGUUUGCUUCAUUAUUCACAUAUCCUUUGUUGAAGAAAUAGCAAUGUACAUGGGUGAGCCAAUCCCAUGAGGCAUCUAUGUGCAGCUACCAAUCCGCAGCUACUGAGCCUAUCUAGAUAUGCUUUUCAGCAAAGGAUAUCAAGAGAAUGAAGCAAAUUAAAUAAUAGAAGUAAAUUCGAAAAUUGUUUAAAAUUGCCUGCUCUUUCUAAAUCAUAAUAAAAAAAAUGUGUUUCAUGUCCCUUUAUUGUUCAUUUAAUCAUUACAAGAGAUGAACGUUUAUCUUUUAUGAUAGCUAUGAUACAGAUUAUAGCAGUUGAUCACAAUCUAUGGUUUCAUCGUUUUUGUUUUCUGUCAAUGUGAUCACAAUCAGCCGUUUCAUUUAUCAGCUGCACUUUUUUUAUUGUGUAUGUGAAAAAUGUUUGUAUACUUAAAGGGACAUUGUACACUAGAUUUUUCUUUGUAUAAAUGUUUUGUAGAUGAUCUAUUUAUGUAGCCCAUCUGGGAAUGUUUUUGUAACAAUGUCUAGUUUUCCCUUUUUUUAAUUAACAUUGUGCUGAUUUUCAGACUCUUAACCAAGCCCUAAAGUGUCAGAUGUAUACACUUGUUUACAGAUUACUGCUGGAUCCUAUUUGCCUAAUCUGUCUUUUAAUAUGCAGGGAAGAAGGGGGAUAUGGAGUGUUUGCUCUUCCUCAGAGCCCAUUUCAGUGGGCGUCCUAGCCUAACCUCAUCAACAAUGCUAAACUGGGAGCAGCAAUGCUCUACUGAGAGCUGAACACAUUGGGUGAGCCAAUGAUAUGUGUAGCUAGCACUCAGCAGUGCAUUGCUGCUACUUCAACAAAGGAUACCAGUAGAAUGAGGAAAAUUAGAUGAUUAUUAUCGGUUAUUUGAAGAGCGCCAAUAGAUAAUAGAAGUUAACCGGAAAGUUGUUUUAAGGACCACUAAACACAGUAGAAUAGCAUAGUCGGCAAAUACAUAAUAAAUAAAUAAUGCAAAAGCACUUAGUUUGAAUUUCGAGUAGUACAUUUAUUUCUGACAAAUUUUAAAGUUAGUUCUAUUUUCCCUCCCACAGCAUCAUGUGACAGCCAUCAGCCAAUCACAAAAUUCAACACAGAAAUACACUUACUGUAAAAUUGUAAUAUAAAAUGUUUAAAGGGACAGUCAAGUCCAAAAAAAACUUUCAUGAUUCAAAUAGGGCAUGUAAUUUUAAACAACUUUCCAAUUUACUUUUAUCACCAAUUUUGCUUUGUUCUCUUGGUAUUCUUAGUUGAAAGCUAAACCUAGGAGGUUCAUAUGCUAAUUUCUUAGACCUUGAAGGCUGCCUCCAAGCUGAAUGCAUUUUGACCACUAGAGUUUGUUAGUUCAUGUGUUUCAUAUAGAUAACAUUGAGCUCAUGCAUGUGAAUUUACUGAGGAGUGAGCACUGAUUGGCUAAAAUGCAAGUCUGUCAAAAGAAAUGAAAUAAGGGGACAGUCUGCAGAGGCUUAGAUACAAGGUAAUUACAGAGGUAAAACGUGUAUAAUUAUAAAGGUUGCUUAUGCAAAACUGGGGAAUGGGUAAUAAAGGAAUUAUCCAUCUUUUAAAACAACAAAAAUUCAGGUGUUGACUGUCCCUUUUAAACUAAGAGUAGUAAAAGAACUUUGCAAUAUAUUUAAUUAUUUAUUUUGCCUCUCAAAAGUGAGUUUUCCAGGUCUGAGAACUAGACUUGUGCAUUUGCUUCGUCACAAAUGUUUUCAUUUUAACAAAACGAAUAUCUGAAUCAUUACACAAAGAAAACUCGAAGAAAUACAGCUGAAAAUGAUGCCUGAGGAAACGGCGUAUGAGCCGAGAAACGCGUUGCAUUUACAGGGGGCUUGACUGUAUGCCCCUAGCUCACUCCUUUGUAUAUGUAUUUUAAUUUGUUUUUAAUAAAUAGAACUUUUUAAUUUUUAAAAAAUACUCUUGUGAGUGAUUUUACCUGCCUGCACCUGCUUGGAGUGAAACCUAACACACUGAAGUCUGCCACUUUUGGAUAAUGCAUCCUAAGGAAAAGUCCCUUGGUGGUGAGCUGACACACCUUACCAUAAUAUGCCAGCUUGCUCCUACUAGCACAUAAGUGUGCUCAUCUAAUAUCUAAUGACCGAUAUCCUCUGUGGGUGAGCUGUCACACCUGAUAAAAUCUGCAGCCUGUCCCUACAAGCACAUAGGUGUGCUCCAGAGCCUUGUGAGUACCCAUUUGGCUUUUUUCUGUGGCUUUAUGCUUAUUUGAUGAUACUACACAUGAGGCGCCCCUUUGUUUUGUCUUUUAUAUAGCAUCUCUGGACCAUUGUUGCUGAGGAGGAGGAGGCUGCCAUCGUUGGGAAGAAAGAUAUAUACUUCUUAAUCUGAAAUUGAACUUUCCUUUAACAUGCCAAAUUGCUGGCAAUUCUAAUUGUAUUUACAUGCUUAUAUAUCAUUAAGGUUAUCACUAGCUAUUUAUUAGCGCUCACCCUUUUGUUGUGUAGAUUACGUCUAUUAUCAAAUUUGUUUCAUUCUAUUGGUAUCAUUUGUUGAAGGAGCUACAUGGUUGCUAACUGAACACGAGUGAGCCAAUGACAAUCGGUAUAUAAAUGCAGCCACCAAUGAGCAGCUCCUGAGCUUACCUAGAUAAACCUUUCAGCAAAGGAUAAGAAGAGAAGUAAGCAACUUAAAUAAUCAAAGUAAAUUGUACGUACUGUCUAAAUCAUAAAUGUCUAAUUAUGACUUUACUGUCCCUUUAAGAUAAAUAUUGUAGCUACGGUAAACUUUUCACCUGUAGCGUUGAAACAUUUACAUUUGUUUUAACAAAACUAAUGUAAAUAUUUAAUUAUAAUUCAGUAUUUACAGUUUUAAGCAAAGCGAAUAGUGCAGCCACCAAUUGUACAGGGAAACUCAAAAUGGAAAGCACAGUCUUUCCAAGCUCUAACCCCUGUUUACACACCUGUCCUUAAUUAGUCUCAGCAGAGGUGAUCAGAAAAGAUACUGCAAAACAAUGCAAGUUUUUACUAACAAAAUGACAAUAGCUAGUGGUGUCCCCUCCAAUUACAAGUCUGCAUAGGCUAUUCCAAAUCAGGCAGGUGAUGGGGGUAGUUUGGGCAUGUAAUUUUAAACAACUUUCUAAUUUACUUUUAGCAUCAAAUUUGCUUUGUUCUCUUGUUAAUCUUAGUUGAAAGCUAAACCUAGGUAAGCUUAUAUGCGAAUUUCUAAGCCCUUAAAGGCCACCUCUUAUCUGAAUGCAUUUGACAGUUUGUCACAGCUAGAGGGUGUUUGUUUAUGUGUUUCAUAUAAAUAACAUUGUGCUCAGCACAAAUUGCCUAAAAUGCUAAAGAUCUGAAAUAAGGGGACAGUCUGCAGAGGCUUAGAUAUAACGUAAUCACAGAGGUAAAAAGUAUAUUAAUAUAACUGUGUUGGUUAUGCAAAACUGGGGAAUGGGUAAUAAAGGGAUUGGCUAUCUUUUUAAAACAAUAGCAUUUUUAGUCUUUACUAUCCCUUUAAACAUACAUGAAACUCCUGAAUUUUCUUUUUAUGAUCCAGGUAGAUAAUACAACUUUAAACAACUUUUCAAAUGUAUUUCUAUUCUCAAAUUAGCUUUGUUCUUUUAGUCAUCCUUGGUUGAAAAGCAGGCAGGUAGUGUACAUGUGACCGGAGCUCCAAAUGAUAGCAGUUUUAUCAAUGGUAUAGAUUUCCAAGAACACUAUAUAGAAGCAGUAUUAACUACUAUACAGUACAGAUACACACACGCUGCCUACCUAAGUAUUUUCUUUAACAAAGCAUACUAUAAGAACAAAGUGAAUUUGAUGGUAGAAUUAAAUGGGAAAGUAUUUUUUUUUUUUAUCUAUCUAAAUCACAAAAGAUACAUUUUGGAUUCUUGUAUUACUUUAAAGGGACAGUAUACACCAACUUUCAAAUAACUGCAUGUAAUAGACACUACUAUAAAGAAUAAGAUGUACAGAUACUGAACUAAAAAUCCAGUAUAAAACCUUAAAACGUACGUAGUCUUUCUUUCUAUUAAAUACAAUGAAGUCAUUUGCUUUCCAGGAUGUAUCAAUUCCUAAAGAUAGAUGUUGGAGAAACUGUUUUUGACACAGUACAUUUAGAUCAUCUAUGCGACGGACUCUCACUACGAUUCUGUUAAUGACUUUUGAACUUUCUUCAUAAGAGGCCAGAUAUUAAAAUGUUAGAAAGAUAUUGUAUUCAUAAGACCUUAUAUGUUUUAUCUGAAAAUACUUGUUAUAAUAAAAACAUACUUAGAAGCUCCCAACUUAGGACUGUGGAUGACGCCAGGCUGGGAUACCCACUGAAAUGGGCUGAGAACGCAGGAAGAGCAGAUAAUUGUCCUCUCAUACAUAUGAAAAGACCCAUUAGACAAACAGGAGCAAGCAGGAAUCUGUAGACUUUAGUAUACAUCUAAAACUUUGGGGCUUGGUAAGGAGUCUGAAAAUCAGCACACUGUUCUAAAAAAAUAAGCAAAAUGGUUACAAAAACACCUCCAGAUUAGCUAUAUAAAUGGAUCAUCUACAAAACAUUUAUGCAAAGAAAAGUCUAGUGUACAAUGUCCCUUUAAGUGGGAAGCAAACCUGUGUAAAUCCAACUUGUGGUACGAAAUUGUAUCUAUAUAUCUGCAAUUUAUGUGUAAAUAUAUCACACACGUAAUAGUGAUGAGUAUGUGAGAAAACGUUUGUUGUUUGGAGGAUAUGGUUGGUAGAAAUGGAAAACCACUUACCACUUCUAUUCACAUUGCCCCAAAACCCAUUUUGUAUUUGAGACUAUUUAAUGUACGGUUUUUAAAAUAAAAACUGUGUUUCUCUUUAUAUUUAAA